GGCGAGCUGAGGGGUAGGGGGCGCUGCUGGGGAGAGUGUACGUACGGCCCCGGGGAUCUCAGUGCCGCCGUGAAGGUGUCGGAGUAUUAACUACUAUUUCACACCGGCAUCUUCCCCCUCCCCGCGCAGCGCCUGUGGGGCGGGCUAUGGAGGGCAGGCGCCUGGCCGCCCCGCCCCCCUUGUGAGCGACAUUCCCCCCCCCGCGAGCGGCCCCGGGACUUAUGCACCAGAGGCGGAUCCGGUCAAAAAGAAGAAAAUGAAAAUUUUCGCUGAGUCCCAUAAAACUGUGUUUGUUGUAGAUCAUUGCCCCUAUAUGGCAGAAUCUUGCAGACAACAUGUUGAGUUUGACAUGUUAGUGAAGAAUCGGACCCAAGGAAUUAUACCUCUGGCUCCCAUCUCAAAGUCACUAUGGACCUGUUCAGUAGAAUCAUCUAUGGAAUACUGUAGAAUAAUGUAUGAUAUAUUUCCUUUCAAAAAACUGGUGAAUUUCAUUGUAAGUGAUUCUGGAGCUCAUGUCUUAAAUUCCUGGACACAAGAAGACCAAAACCUUCAGGAGUUAAUGGCAGCUCUAGCAGCUGUUGGACCACCUAAUCCUCAUGCAGACCCAGAAUGCUGCAGCAUACUUCAUGGACUGGUUACAGCAGUAGAAGCACUCUGCAAAAUUACAGAGUACCAACAUGAAGCCCGAACUAUGCUAAUGGAGAAUGCAGAGCGUGUUGGAAAUAGAGGAAGAAUAAUCUGCAUUACUAAUGCCAAAAGUGACAGCCAUGUUCGGAUGCUUGAAGAAUGUGUCCAGGAAACGAUUCAUGAACAUAACAAGCUUGCAGCUAAUUCAGAUCAUCUCAUGCAAAUCCAGAAGUGUGAAUUGGUCUUAAUCCACACUUACCCAGUUGGAGAAGAUAGCCUUGUUUCAGAUCGUCCUAAAAAAGAGCUUUCAUCUGUCUUAACCAGUGAAGUGCAUAGUGUCCGUGCUGGACGGCAUCUUGCUACCAAACUGAAUGUUUUAGUACAGCAACACUUUGAUUUGGCUUCAACUACAAUAACCAAUAUUCCUAUGAAGGAAGAACAACAUGCUAACACAUCUGCCAAUUAUGAUGUAGAGCUUCUCCAUCACAAAGAAGCACACGUAGACUUUAUAAAAAGUGCAUGUCUGGCAGAAACUAAGCGGUGUCAAAAAGAAAGAGGAUCUAAUAAGACAGGUGAUAAUCACAUAGGUGGUAAUAGCAGAGAGGGCACAUUUAAAGAAACAGUAACAUUAAAGUGGUGUACACCCCGAACAAACAGUGUUGAAUUACAUUAUUGCACUGGAGCAUACAGAAUUUCCCCUGUAGAUGUAAAUAGCCGACCAUCGUCCUGCCUUACUAACUUUCUUCUUAAUGGUCGUUCUGUUUUGUUGGAACAGCCACGGAAAUCAGGCUCUAAAGUAAUUAGCCAUAUGCUUAGUAGCCAUGGAGGAGAAAUAUUUUUGCACGUAUUAAGCAGCUCUCGAUCAAUUUUAGAAGAUCCCCCAUCAAUUAGUGAAGGAUGUGGUGGUAGAGUUACAGACUACAGGAUUACAGAUUUUGGUGAAUUUAUGAGGGAAAACAGAUUAACUCCUUUUCUAGAACCCAGAGGAAGUCUUGAGAUUCCUUUGGAACGAGCGAAAGAUCAGUUAGAGAAACAUACACGUUACUGGCCUAUGAUUAUUUCUCAGACUACCAUUUUCAACAUGCAAGCUGUGGUGCCAUUAGCCAGCGUGAUUGUAAAAGAAGCCCUGACGGAUGAGGAUAUACUGAAUUGUCAGAAAACAAUAUACAACUUGGUAGAUAUGGAGAGGAAAAAUGAUCCAUUGCCAAUAUCAACAGUUGGUACCCGGGGAAAGGGUCCAAAAAGGGAUGAGCAGUACCGGAUUAUGUGGAAUGAAUUGGAGACCCUUGUUAGAGCACACAUAAACAACUCUGAUAAACACCAGCGUGUCUUGGAAUGCCUGUUGGCUUGUAGGAGCAAGCCACCUGAAGAAGAGGAGCGCAAGAAACGGGGGAGAAAGAGAGAGGAAAAAGAGGACAAGUCAGAGAAAUCAGGAAAAGAUUAUGAACCAGAUAAGCCCUGGCAGGAAUCAGAGAGGUUAAAAGGUGUAUUAGAUCGGGAAAAAGAGGAACUGGCUGAAGCUGAAAUCAUAAAAGACUCUCCUGAUUCUCCUGAACCACCUAACAAAAAGCCUCUCGUUACAAUGGAUGAAAUGCCACCGGUAGAAAAGGCAAAAGGGCCUAUGUCCUUGCUGUCUCUGUGGAGCAAUAGGAUUAAUACAGCGAAUUCUAGGAAACAUCAAGAAUUUAUUGGUCGUUUGAAUUCUGUCAACAACAAAGCUGAGCUGUAUCAACAUCUCAAAGAGGACAAUGGCAUGGAAACAACAGAAAAUGGAAAAGGCAGCCGACAAUGAUUGUUGAUUAAUAUUUUUUAAACGAGCUAAAGUUGGCCAAAAUGCAUAAUUAUUUUAUGCUGAAAUUGAAGUUGAUAUAGUUUCAGUAAGAUUGUAUAGUUCUGUUGCUUUGGUUUUUACAUUUUUCUAAUUUUAUCCCUUUUCUAUGAGAUGUAAAAUCUACAUAUUACAUUAAAUGACUUGUGUGAAAAUGAGAUUGUUCUUCAAUUAUCUUACAUUGGAUUUUAGGAUAAAAGAUUGUCCUCACCACUGUAUGCACAAGUACACCCUUGAAAUGUCA